UAUUUCAUAAAGUGAUUACCGAUUCACGGAAUAUUUUCGGUUACUUCUCGAGAGCUUAAAUUGCUGCAGCACAAGUAAUAGCCACAACUAGGUUGCCGCGGAUGUAGACGGGAUAUACUUGUUGCUCUUUCAGGCCCAGGAAGUGAAACACGCUUGGAACUUGACUGAUCUGCCGGACCAAGAGGCAUGGAGUUUAACGUUAGUUUUGAGCCUCAAACAAACUCAACAUAAGUUGGUCAUCAUUAAUCCCGUGAAAAAGUCUGGAAUCAGUUGACAUUGGAUGCAAAGUCGGUCAUGGCCGAGUCUUGAGUGGGCAACUAAAUUGCAUUUGGUCUGGCUGUUGAUGAUGAGCCCAAUGACUGGCUGGUCAAAUAUUCACACCGUCUUUGAGGGGACAGCAACAAGAUAAGAGAAGACCUCCCCUUCUGAGGAAUUGUGAAACAUGCCCUUGCCAUUUGGCUUAAAACUUAAAAGGACUCGAAGGUAUACCGUUUCAAGCAAGAGUUGUCUUGUCACUCGGAUCCAGCUGCUCAAUGGGGAGUUUGUUGAGUUUACACUUUCUGUGGAGAGCACCGGGCAGGAAUGUUUGGAGGCAGUUGCUCAGAGACUCGAGUUAAGGGAGAUAACAUACUUCAGUCUGUGGUACUUCAACAAGCAGAACCAGCAGAGAUGGAUUGACCUGGAGAAGCCCCUGAAGAAGCAGCUUGACAAGUAUGGGCUGGAGCCCACCGUUUACUUUGGAGUGGUGUUUUACGUACCAAGUGUCACCCAACUCCAACAGGAAAUCACGAGAUAUCAGUAUUACCUGCAGCUGAAGAAGGAUGUUCUUGAGGGCCGGAUCCCAUGCUCGAUAGAACAAGCAAUUCGCUUGGCUGGCCUGGCAGUGCAAGCUGACUUUGGAGACUUCAAUCGGUAUGAUUCCCAGGAGUUCCUCCAGAAGUUUGUGCUGUUUCCCAUUGGUUGGAUCCAGGAUGAGAGAGUGCUCGAGGAGGCCACGCAGAAAGUGGCUCUUCUCUAUCAGACCUACAGGGGGUUGUCAGCCCCAGAGGCAGAGAUGUUGUACAUGCAAGAGGUGGAGAAAAUGGAAGGCUAUGGCCAGGAAAGCUAUCAAGCCAAGGACAGUACGGGCACAGACAUUAUCCUAGGAGCCUGUCUGGAUGGCAUCUUUGUCAAGCAUAAAAACGGCAGGCCGCCUCUUGUAUUUAGGUGGAAUGAAAUUAAUAACAUGAGUCACAACAAGUCUUUCUUUGCCCUGGAGCUAGCCAACAAAGAGGAAAGCGUUCAGUUCCAGACCGAAGACAUGGAAACCUCCAAAUAUGUGUGCCGGAUGUGUCUGGCCAGGCACAAGUUUUAUAAGAUUAACAAGAGUAGCCUUCAAACCCAGCCUACAGUUGUCAACCCAGUCAGACGGAGAUCUUCAACUAGACUGUCUCUGCCAAAGCCUCAGGCCUACAUGAUGCCCCCACCUCAAAUGCACUACAAUGGCCACUUCACUGAGCCCUACACAUCAUCGCAAGACAACCUGUACAUGAAUAAUCAGAACGGUUACUACUACCACUCGCAGACCAGCCUAGACUGCUCCCCUCUGGAGUACAGCAGUGGUGGGCGGUUACGCAAUGGCAGUGUGUAUAGCGCCCACAGCACCAGCUCUCUCACCAAUCCCCAGCACUACCUCCAGCCCUCACCCAUGUCCUCCAACCCUUCCAUCACCGGUAGUGACAUCACCCGGCCUGAUUACGUCCCCUCGCACCGUCACAGUGCCCUCAUCCCGCCCUCCUAUCGCGCCACACCUGAUUAUGAGACAGUGAUGCGGCAGAAGAACCGGGGUGCAGGAGGAGGGAUGGUUCUCGCUCCAGAGCACCGGCAGAGCCACUCCAUGAGGAACCUGAACAUUGGAAAUUCCUACGCUUACAGCAGACCAGACCCUCUAGUUUACAGCCAACCAGAGAUCAGGGGAGAGCACGGUGGAGGAACCCAUCAUCACCACUACCCUUUCCAUCUUAACUCCAGCUUUCAUAGCCCCUCUCCUUACCCUUAUCCCACAGAGAGGAGGCCUGUGGUGGGGGCAGUCAGUGUCCCAGAGCUCACCAAUGUCCAGCUGCAACAGGCGCAGGAAUACCCGGCUCCAAACAUCAUGAGAACACAGGUGUACCGACCACCUCCUCCCUACCCAUACGCCCACCCGCGGCCUGCUAAUAGUACACCUGACCUGUCACGCCACCUCUAUGUCAGCAGCAGCAACCCGGACCUGAUCAUUACGCGGCGUGUGCACCACUCAGUCCAGACCUUCCAAGAGGACAGCCUGCCGGUUGCCCACUCCUUACAGGAGGUGUCAGAACCCCUCCUACUCAGUGGACCCUUACAUGGCCACCCACAUCAUGCCCAGAAGCGCAAUUCCAUUGAGAUUGCCGGGUUGGCAUAUAGUCUAGAGGGGAUGAGGGUCAAAGAGCGGACGGUGUCUUCGUCAGCAGCUGAAACUGCCACACCGCCUCCAGCCCUGCGCGGCGGUCCUUCUCAGGGCUCUCAGCUCAAUGUGUUCUUGGAACGUACCAAGACAGAGGACGGGGGUGACAUGAGGGAGGACGUACACUAUGGACACAAGAAGUCUCUUUCGGAUGCCACCAUGCUGGUUCAUAGUAGUGGGGAAGAGGAGGAGUUUGAGGACGACAGUGGACGUCACACACCCCUUUCCCAAGACGUUAUUGCAGCCAUUCUUCCCGACCAGCAGCCUAAACAACAUCACAGCUUGACCUCUCUCUCCUCUCUGACACAUCAACAACAGACUCCCAAAGAGCCUCCACCUGCAUACCCCAUUGGCUCCUCCCUUGACCCUGCUAUUACUGGCUCGCUAACCUAUCAAGCCCACCCUCUGAUCCAUGAGGUGGAGCCUCUGUACCUGUUGUCAGAUCUGCGGCAACCCAGGAUUAUGCCUUCUGUGUCAGAGGGAGACCUGAGCGGCCAGGCCAAGCAGAAGGCCAAUAAGGACUUCAAGAAGAGGCCUGUGUCUGAUGUGCCAGCUGGGAAGAAAACAGUAGAGGGUUUGCCCCCUGCGGGCAUGAAGAAAGGAGCCAGGUCAGAAGUGAAGAAGAUGGGCCCUCUGAAGGUGGCGGCCCUCAAUGGCCUUUCACUGUCUAGGCUGCCAUUGCACAACGAGGGCAAGGACGAGCCUGAGAGGGCCUCUAAUGAUGAGAGGUGUAAAUUGCUGGAGCAGCGUAUGGAACAGGGCAUGGUGUUUACUGAGUUUGAGCAGAUCCCAAAGCGCCGUGCAUCAGGGGAAUGCACCAUCGCCCAGCUACAGGAGAGUGCGGAGAGAAACCGCUUCCAAGAUGUUCUGCCUUAUGAUGACACCCGAGUGGAGCUGGUUCCCACUAAGGAAAACAACACAGGCUACAUCAAUGCUUCACAUAUCAAAAUAACAGUGAGUGGACAUGAGUGGAGCUACAUCGCCUCACAGGGUCCCCUAUCCAACACUUGCCAGGACUUCUGGCAGAUGGUGUGGGAACAGGGUGUCGCCAUCAUUGCCAUGGUCACUGCUGAGGAGGAGGGCGGCAGAGAAAAGAGCUUCCGCUAUUGGCCCCGACUCGGCUCACGGCACAACACGGUAACGUACGGCCGCUUCAAGAUCACCACAAGGUUCCGCACAGACUCUGGCUGCUAUGCCACCACAGGACUGAAGAUCAAACACCUUCUGACUGGCCAAGAGAGGACUGUCUGGCACCUGCAGUACACAGACUGGCCUGACCACGGAUGUCCUGAGGACUUCAAAGGCUUCAUCUCCUAUCUGGAGGAGAUCCAGUCUGUGAGGAGACACACAAACAGCAUCAGUGACCCAAAGAACACCAACCUGCCUGUGCUGGUGCACUGUAGUGCCGGAGUGGGCCGGACCGGAGUCGUCAUCCUGACUGAGGUCAUGAUCGCCUGUUUAGAGCACAAUGAGAUGUUGGAUGUCCCAACAGUUCUGAGCAUGCUCCGUAAGCAGAGGAUGAUGAUGGUCCAGACCAUCUCUCAGUAUGUCUUCAUCUACAAGGUCCUCAUCCAGUACCUCCGCAACUCCCGGCUCAUCUGAGCUCUUCAUCUCCCAACCUCUGCUGUGAUCAGAUCAUCGCAGGGUGGAAUUUUCUCAAGGCUCAUGCCAAACUGAAUCGUGAUGGUACAACACUAGAAAUGACUUCGAACAUAGCAGCCGGUGGUUGGCAUUUGCUUAAGUAUUAAAAUAGGCAAGACUGAUGGAACGAAUGAUGUGUGGAUGCACAGUAAAGACUUACCGCCACCUGAAGGAGCAUACUUCCAUAUGACCUGCCUCUUAACAGUAUUAUAUUUCACUGUUGUUUUUUUUUUUUUUUUUUUUACAAACAUUAUUGCUUAAUGAAGCCCAGCACUUUUUUCAGUACUUUGCUGUACAUAAUGAACCAAGGUUAAGCUGCAGUAAAAAUCUAUAUUAUGAUUGUGUAUCAAAAGCAAUUGAUCUAUUUUCAUUUAACUAAGGUCACUUUUAAGAUGAGUUUGUUACUGAAUCGCAGUUAUGACAAUUGGUUCUGCUAAUGAAGGACUGUCUAAUAAUGAUGAAGAUGUUUAUGAUGAUGAACUGUAGUUUGGAAAAAGACAAAAGUUUAUUCUUUGUCUUGAGUAUAGAGCCCAGAGAUGAGACAGAUUUUAACAUUGCCAUGUGGUACAGAUGGGAACUUGUCCUAAGGCCAUUCAUUUGACUUGUUUUAUAACAAAAAUAUAGAUUUACAUUUGGUGUGAUGCUAAUGUGUAUCAUGGUGGUUAAAAGUCAGGCCAAGUUAAAUGGCUUUGCCACCAAAGAGCCAUUUGGCAGGACAGUAUGAUUUUUUAGCACACCCUACUUAUUGUUGUGGAGGUACAGAGGACAAUUUGAGAGACUUAGGGGUUCUCAGUUCUCAGGUUUUCACUAAAGAAUCCUUAUCAUCCAAUUUACAUUCACCCAGCCAUAGCACUCAGACUUGGAAGUCCUUAAUCCAGAUAAUUUAAGUUUUUGUCUUAAAGAACCUGCUUAUUUUAACAUCAGUUCAAGGUUUUAUACAAAAUUCUGACCCUAAAGGCCUUUUUGGAUUAGUGUUCCCUUCUGUUCCUGAAGACGCUUGGAGAAAUGACUGUGGAUUUCUUUUAGUGUGUGAAUGCGACUGUCCCACUGUGCUUCAACACUUGGCCAAAUUCAUGCAAAUGCUGUGGGUGGGAGACAAUGCAUUGAUGGCCAUAAAUAUGUCUAGAUUUUAGAAAAACCUAUGGUUGAAAUGGAUAUGAGAAGAGGAAGAAUGUCAGAAAAAAAGAAUCAGAAGCAGAGUGAUGUUUUGAGAAAAGCAGGGUUUUGGUAAAACUGGAAAACUGAUUUUAUAUUCAUAUUUUUCAAGACUUUUCUAUGGUGAGAGCUGUUGUUUGUUGACUAAUUGAACUUGGUAUGCUCUGUCAUGAGUGCUGUAUUUAUUGAGCAAGAGCAAUAUAUUUUCAGUUACAUUUUGUCAAGAUAAAGUGCCUCAAUAUUAUUUACAAUGUAUAGUUGAAAGGGCUCUAAGUAAUUUUGCAUAUUAAGGAAAUCUUAAAAAAAGUUCUUUUUUCAUUCUGUGUCAUUUAUUUCUCAUGUAUCAUAAUUGCAGUGAUAUGUAUUAAUAAUGCCAAUCAAUACAUUUGAGAAACACCUGCAAAGGACACUUGGAAAAGACAUCUAAUGUAUUCUCUUCCUCCUUUUCUUUCCAUGAACUUGAGUGGUUUCAAGACUUGGCAUUCAAAGAAAGGAAACCAUAAAUUCUUUCAUUGGGCCACGUUCCCUAAAACCCUCAUAAUAUUGCAUUUGUGUUGUUGCAGGAACAUAGAACAAAGAUGUAAAAAUGCCUAGUGAAGAUGGAGAAAGGCGUCAAACAGUAUAGCUUUGCGUUUCAUCUUCCUGAAGAGAGCUGUCAGAGUGUUGUACAGUAUCACCGCGAGUCCACCUCUGCUGGCUGUGGUAAACUGUUAGCCCAUGCUCAGUGUUAGUGUGAAGUUUUGCAUCUCAGGGCCACAUCACAGGGGACGGCAGCGGGUUAUUGGGGGGUCAGACCAGCUCCAGUUACAGCACUCUGGCUGUCAAACUUGUUUUCACUCCAGGGACAUUUGCUCUUCCUAAGACUCAUUCUGCUGUUACAAAUGACCACAUCUCCGAUCACAUUUGACUGGAGAUGUCAUAGUUAGUGCUGGUUCCCUUUUUCCAGCCAUGGUUGCUGUUAGUUACGACUUUACCUGUAUAGAAACACUGCUUACAACUUUCCAACAUCAGCUGCUGUUUGAGAAGUAUAAGCUUGUCACACAAAUGAAGGAGCCAACUGAAUUUAUAAUUUGGCCAAAGGGAAAACCUUGUCCUCGUUUUCUUACCCUGAGGUUUGGUUUGUUUAUUGAAUGAUUUUUUGUGUCAAGGUGGCAGGGGUUUUGGCCUUAUUUAUUUGACUGGAAACUAUGAACCCUUUACUGAGAAGAAGGUUGGUUGAAAACUGGAUCUUAAGAAGCCCGAAUCAGUUGACUCAAGUUUUGUGCAGUUUUAAUAUGAUGCUGAUUUGAGUCUUAGUGUGGAGACUCGACACUAGAUGUUUUUGUGGCAAAGAUGAACUGGUUUUGUCGAUGGUAUGUUGUAGCUGUUGAUGAUGUACACAAUGUAAAAUUCUCAGCUUUAAAACAUGUUUAUUGUACAAACUGUAUAAAUUGUAUCUAAUUAACAUGGUAUCCCAUUGGAAAGACAAGUGUAGAAAAUCAUUUCAGCUAUGAAUAAAUAUUUGGAAA